AUGAAGCUGCAGCUAUUUGGGGUCCUCACGGCUGCUGCCGUUCAAUUGGUAUCCUUCUUCGCCGUACCAUUACAGGCUUCAACCUGGCCAAUACACGCCGUGAGGGGAAGUAAUCACACACUACACAACGUGGCCCCCGAUGCGACCCAAAACCAAAAGAUCUCCCUUGCAGGCCGUGAGCUAGGACGAGAUUCGAUGAUGGAAAUUGUCAAUAAUGCAAUGGACAAGAAUCGUGGAAUGGAAUGUCGGCCUCUCAAAGAAGACCUCAUAUGUGACCGGAUCGAAUGGUUCACCAAGAAAGAUAAAAGAGAAGACGAGACCUGGAACGGGAUCCUGACGAGGCUUGUAUCGUACCAAGUUUUUAAGCAGUCCCUUCCUGAGAAGGCCGACGAUAUCGCGUUCGAUACACUCUUGGAUACUAUUCGUGGAGGCAAUGAAAUCAUUGCAGCGCCGGGAUCGCUAGUCGGGGACAACGCGCGAAUCCUAGAUGCUCUUGAUGUAAUCCUCGAUGACAUAUGCGCCGAGACAUCAAAAAGCAAGGUUGAUCGUCGGCUUCAAGAGAUGAUCGAUAUCGUCCAGUCUGGACUGCGAGAUACCGAGCCGCCGCCGUACGCUCUCCUGCCGAUGCCAGCUCCUUGUCAGUGCUACAUUGACUCGAUAAAUAGCACGAUAUGUCUAAGGGAAGCUUCGAUUAAUUGGAAUGCUACGGCGGGGGAGUGGACCUGCCAUUGCUUUAGGGUGUAUUGCCAUGACCUAAACUAG